AGCUGUCCGAACUGGCCCAUGAAUAUACGGCCAUGGGGGGCCCGGCCCAAUCUAAUAGAUCGGGAGACGAUGUGGUGAGUACCCCCUAGUCCAGGACACCGUCAGCCGGCCCUGGGCCAGGGCAGCAGGGGCGACGGCCCUGGGCCCAGCCAAACUAGGGGCCCCGACCUAGUGCUGCAACCUGCAGUGUAUACAUAGAUAUGGGCCUUGAUAAAUUGGUGCAAAUAAGAAAAUGCCUCUAGAAAGGAAGGCCCAUCUCGUACAGAAGGCAGAAGCCCAACAGCCGAGUGGCCUGAACCUGAAGGCACACAUGCACAUGGCGAGCGAUUUUGUUCCUCGUCAGACUACAUACCGACGCCGGUUCGUUUUCUCGCCUGUUCGCCUCGACAGAUCGGCCGAUCGGGGCAUCCGGCGACUGCGAAUCUGCGACAGCUGCCACCGGCGGAUGCUGGCACAUAGGGUGCGUUGGCAAAGAAUAGCAGGGGACAAAGAGUUCCAUCAUCUGUUGCUGCCGACUUGGUCGUGAAGACCUGGACUUGUUGUAAUCUUGUUUCCUUGAUGAUUGAUGGAUAGCUGAAGCAUGAAGAACACGGAUUGUCACUGAUUUACUGCAACCUUCAGCCUUCAGGUGCCUUCACUCCUUUUCUUGCAAACAUGCUGUCCAAAAAAGACGAAAAGAACAGAUAAUUCCAUUGGAUUGUAGAAGGGAGCUAUGCAUAAAUAUAUUGUAAGGAAUGAAUCUACUGAUAAUCUUGAGGAAUUAGAUGGCGCUGGUGCUGAAGAACUACAACCUGCUGAGAAUGAGACCACUGUUUCUGGAGCCGUUUCUCAUGAUUACUGAAGGCUUGGAGCUUGGUUAGAAGAUGAUAUUGUCUCCAAAGAUCCAGAACUGUAUCUGUAUCCCGAGGAGGGUGAGAUGGAGCUAGUUGCGAAGUGCAAGAUUUUCCAAGGCCCAGUUUUGGGGUUAUCUUCCAAUGAUCUGCAUCCGUAUUGGAUUGCUACUGCUGCUCCAGCUUAACGAUUUCGGAUCAGUGAAAGAGGAGAAGGUGCAGACGACAUCCCUAAAAUGGAAUAAGAUAUACCCUACAGCCCUGGCUGCCACGAGCAGCAAAGGCACCACAACAUUCGGCAAUACAAAAGUCAAGAGCCUCUCAGAUCUGGAGUUCAGCUGGAAUAAUCCCAUGCACUUGGCCGUUUCAACCGCAAACAAUGGUACUUCAGCAGCUGUGACGGUUUGGGAUAUGAGAUUCAGCCGCACGCCCUAUCAUGAGUACAGCACCGGUACCUCAGGUGUAAACUGUCUCUCUUGGAAUCGGUCUGGCCAACUUCUUGCGUCUCAUACCGACGGUACGAUAAGCUGCUGUGAUGUAUACAGCAAGGAGAUGAUACAGGGGUUGACUAGGGCUUGGCAUGGUGAUCUGGGUGUCACUUGGACACACUCUGAGAAUGCAUUUGCCACACUGUCCUCAAAGUAUGGAGUCAGGCUGCAUGAGAUGAGUGACCAGAGGAUUUACCCGUGAACCUGUGAUGACAUGACUGAAUAGUGAUUGCUGGUGGAGAAGGAGAUGCUUCAAAAGCCGAGCUAAUGGAUACUGGAGAUUGAGAAAGAGAGAGAGAGAGUCGACAACCUUACGAUGUAGGAUGUAGAAAAUACUAACAAUACCAUGCAUUUGUUCGAUGCAAUUCUGUUCGAGGCAACUUAACACGCUUUCUUCCGCAUGUCCCACAAGGAGAUAGGAAAAGGAGAUGGGGGCUCACGUGUACAGCCCUUGAUUUACUGGUUUUCGAUACCUGUAUAUGCAAGUGAGAUAGAUUUACAAGUUUGAUUGAUUGAUUGA